CUGGAACGCAAUAUGAAACUGAAAGAGGUGACUCAAUGGGUUGAAGCGAGUGGUGUUUUACCACCAGCACCUUGGUGCAAUGGUGAUUGGCAAUCAGUAAUGGCCUUACUGGCUCGCCUUUUGGCUGAUAAUCUCAUUCAAAGGAAACAAUCGCAAGAAAUGGUUGAUGUAACAUUUAAAAUUGCAUUCGACUCGAUGAUGCAAUUGGCACAAGAUGUGUUGGGUAUACCGAUGCUAGUUACAGAGGCCGAUUUACCUGCAGCGGCACCAGGCGUCAAUCUUGCGUUGUUAACCACCAUUGUUUGCAUUAAAUCAUCAGUGGAUAUUGAACCGAAGAUAAUCAAAAAAGCAAUUAUACCAAAAUUGGUGUUCGAAGCACGUAAUUCGGUGGCCCGAAAAGAACAACUCACGGUUGAUUGUGCGAUUUGUAUGCAGCAUGUUUUCAUCAUCGAGAGGAUUGUUGUUGAUCAUGUAAUCUAUCAUCGUAAAUGCUUUACAUGUGCGCGAUGUGAUGAGAUUCUACGAAAUGGUUUAUAUCGACAAUUAAAGAGCGGUAAAUUUGAAUGCAUUGAGCAUUGGCCUCAGGCAAUACUAUCAAAUGUUGAAAAACAGAAAAUGGUGGACGUUAGAAGCAAUAGAGAGUCACAUCAUCAUCAUCCAAAGCAAAAACCACCAACGCCACCAAAACCAAAGAAUCUCCUCAGUGCUUCUGCAAUUAAGCGACCUUCAUUCAUCAGCAAUGCCAAUCCACCUGAAGUUUUGUACGAAGAAGUGUCAGGCAAUUAUGAGAACAAUCAUUUUGCUACAGUUGUAACCAGCAACAGCAGUACUGCCACCGAAUUGACAUCAGCGAUAUCCGAAAACAUUCCAUCAGACCAUUCGACAGUUCCAGAAACGACUGAUGCUGUUACUGUUGAGAGUGUUUGUGAAGAAGGGAUGGAGAAAGUUACUGUCGAAGAUGAAAAGAUCACUUCAUCUGAAAUCGAAAGUGAUUGUGUUCGUUUGCAUAUGCGUAAAGCAAAUGAAAACGUUGCAAUUAAGCAAAGCAAAUUAGAGUUGUUCGGAAACAAAGUGAACGAUUAUGGACAGAGAAAGAGAGAUGAAGAGAGAAGGGUGGUGGAAAAGGAUUCAUCAUUAAUUGUAAAAGUUGCAGCAGUAUGCGAUCAUGAGGUAGUGCCUUCAUCACAACUCCAAGCUCCAGUGCCACCACCACGACCAAAACGUCGUAGUAUUUUGUUGUUAACCAGUACCGAUGUGGCUAGUUCAAAAGGUGCGAGCGUAACUCCAACACCUGAAAGCGUCGUUUCGUCUGAUUUUAAUCAACAGAAACCAACACCUCGUCCACGUAUCGUGAAAACUUUUGAUAGCAAAAGCUUGCAACGAACUAAUGAUGCAGCUGUUACAUCAGACGGUGUUUGGUUAAACUCGUCCACUUGUCCAAACCAACCACCACUGAUUAGUAAUCAAAACAGCGACCAUACCAUACCCAAAUCAGCAGUCAGCAGUGUGGUAGAUUAUCCGAAUUUUUUGAAUCCCUUCGGAUCUGAUGACGAUAACGAUAACGACGAUGAUGAAGUGGGUGUUGAUUCGUUCAAUCAUUUUGGAUCGCUGUUAUCUUUGAAGGAAUCUGCGGACGAUAGUGAUGACUCGUACGAUAAGUCAUUGAAUCCGUUUGAUGAUAGUGAUUUAGAAGCGGUUUCGAUGACAACGUCAACAACAACUCGUAGUCGUGAAGUGCUCAAUACUCGAUCAGUUUCGAAAAAUAAUUCGGUCGUAUCUGCUGCGAGAAGUGGGAAGAAAUCACCGUUGGUUGCGCAGCGAUUACCGGGUGUUUCAAAUCGACCGAAGUCACAGCCACCCCCUCCACCAAAACCACCGCGUCCAUCACUUGCGGAUUCACCGUCUCCCUCAUCGGCAUUAUUAUCGUCAACUAAUCUCAACAAUAAUUCGUCACAGUCCGCCAUCAUGACUCUACCAAGAAUAAAGAGCAAACAACAACAUAUACCAGUUCGUAGAAAAAUAAUUUUCACCGAAACAGAGCACGAGAACAGUGGUGAUGAUAAUGAUGACGAUAAAAAUUUGCAAUUAGAAGCAAUAAUGGAUCGUGUUCGUGGAAUCGAUAAAGAAUUAGAUGUGAUCGAAUUGAAUGGGAAAUGUAUAGAAAAAGAAUUACUCUUUGCAAUUGAACAGAACGGCUCAGAAUGGGUGAAAAAUCGACGGGUAGACGAUUGGAUCACAGUGAUUGAAAGACGUUGCGAACUUGAUCGACGACAGUCGGCUUAUAUUAUGAAAUGGCUGGAGAGGUAUUUGAACGAAAUUCAUUCAGAUACCGAAUAUCAACUGAGAUGUCUCAUCGAAAAUGUUGCUACAGCAGAUAGAGCACCAUUUAACGUAGAGCGUGAAGCGAAACUAUUAGAGUUGCUCGUUGAAAUAAUCAACGAAAAGAAUAGACUGAUCGAAUCGAAAAUCGACUCCUCAGCCAUAAUUGAUUGUUCAUCAAGUUCAAUUGGUAUAAUGCAAAAUGAAAAAGACGAAACGGCAAAGAAACGUAUUAAGAAACGUUUGAAAAAGUUACGCAGAAAAAUAAUGGCUUUUGGUGGUAAAAUGUCAUCGCGCGAAAUGAUGAAUAUUGAUUUUGAGUCGAUUCGGACGGGUGUUGUUUUUGAUGAGGGAAUGGGUCGUGUGGUACCACCGAAUCUGUUGUAUGGUGCUACAGCUGCGCAGUCACCGAAGUCUCAAAUGAAUGGCUACGAAAUAGUGAUUGAGCAGACUUGGGAUGGUCAUCCGGUGACACACGACCCGAUACGUGUUCGUAUGGAAUGGCAUUUCGAGCGACAACCCGGUAGACCGCAUAAACGCUGUGUACGAGUCCUUCUCGAAUCACCACUCUUUGACGAUCCGGAUCCACCACCGCAAUUGCCUGGUAUUUGUCCUGGAUUGUGGAACUAUGAAGUAGUUGAAUUGUUUUUUGCGAAUGCCAAAAAGCAAUAUUUGGAAGUGGAGGUGGGCCCUCACGGUCAUUGGUUAUGCGUUCUAUUGGACGGUGUACGUAAACCGUUUAAUACAGGUGAAGAAUUGCAACUGGAAGUGCAAAAUACUUUUGUGGGUGGCGAUAUAUGGCGUUGUUGCUUUGAUAUACCACUCGCCUAUUUUCCAGCUGGAGUGGAAACAUUCAACGCGUAUGCAAUUCAUGGUUCGGGUGAGGAACGUGUCUAUGAGGCAUACUCACCAGUAACAGACGGUUCUUAUGAUGAGCCAGACUUUCAUCGACUUCAAUUCUUCAAACGAAUCGAUAUAAGACGCUUGAUUCCGGAAGGUUUCAAUUCGAGUUCGUAUAAUGACUUGAAAUAUGGUGAUGUUUGGGAAGGAAGGUAG